GAGAGCGGAUAUAGUGAAUGCGGGGUCCGGGGAGAGCGGAUACAGUGAAUGCGGGGUCCGGGGAGAGCGGAUAUAGUGAAUGCGGGGUCCAGGGAGGGCGGAUAUAGUGAAUGCGGGGUCCGGGGAGAGCGGAUAUGGCGAAUGCGGGGUCCGUGGAGAGCGGAUAUGGUGAAUGCGGGGUCCGGGGAGAGCGGACACGGUGAAUGCGGGGUCCUGGGAGAGCGGAUAUAGUGAAUGCGGGGUCCGGGGAGAGCGGAUAUAGUGAAUGCGGGGUCCGGGGAGAGCGGAUACAGUGAAUGAGGGGUCUGGGGAGAGCGGACACAGUGAAUGAGGGGUCCGGGGAGAGUGGAUAUAGUGAAUGCGGGGUCCGGGGAGAGCGGAUAUAGUGAAUGCGGGGUCCGGGGAGAGCGGAUAUAGUGAAUGUGGGGUCCGGGGAGAGCGGAC